CUGGUCUAGAGGUUCAGGUGGAGUCAAGUUCUUUGGGAAUCUGUUCUGUGCAGCAGCAGAGAGAGAACAGCAGACAGGAGAGAAGAUACUGGAGCUGUUAUCAUCAGUGUGCAGAUAUCAAUCAUUCCCUCUUAAAGAGAGAAACAUGGAUGAAGAUGAUGAUGAUGAUGAUGAUUACAAAUAUCGUUGUGGUUUCCUGCUGGAUCUGUACUCCCACCUGAAGGACUAUGAGACUAAAACAGGUUUGAGAGUCCUUCCAUCAUUCCAGUCAGUUUUCCAGUCAGCUCCUGCAGUCUGGUCCAUAAACCUCUCAAAGAGAAAGACCUCCAUCCUCCUGGAAGUGCUGAAACUCCAACCAGAGAAGAAACCAGUGGAGCUGACAGGCUGCUCAGAUGAAGAGAGUGAAGUGAGGAGUUUCCUACAGUGUCUGCCUUAUAUCUCACAGCUCAGAUUCUCUCAGCGGUUUAGAGGUUCAGGUGAAGUCGAGUUCUUUGGGAAUCUGUUGUGUGCAGCAGCAGAGAGAGAACAGCAGACAGGAGAGAAGAUACUGGAGCUGUUAUCAUCAGUGUGCAGAUAUCAAUCAUUCCCUCUUAGAUACAUGGAUGAUGAAUAUUAUCAGUGUGAUUUCCUGCUGGAUCUGUGCUCCCACCUGAAGGACUAUGAGACUAAAACAGGCUUGAGGGUCCUUCCAUCAUUACAAUCAGUUUUCCAGUCAGCUCUUGCAGUCUGGUCCAUAAACCUCUCAGAGAGAAAGACCUCCAUCCUCCUGGAAGUGCUGAAACUCCAACCAGAGAAGAAACCAUUGGAGCUGACAGGCUGCUCAGGUGAAGAGAGUGAAGUGAGGAGUUUCCUACAGUGUCUGCCUUAUAUCUCACAGCUCAGGUAA